AUGGAAGGAGUAGUAUUCAUGAUCAGUGAAACAAAGGAGCAUGGUAUUGGCAUUUGUCAGUCCAGCCCAACAACGCUCCAAAACCCCUUAAACCCUAAUCCUUCCUCUAUCCAUCCAUUCCCCUCCCUCCCCGCUCUCGCCCAGCCCAGCCCCGCCCCGCCUCCAUGCUCGCCUGAGCAAUCCCGCACGCCCCCAUCCGCCAUGGCCUCCUCCAAGCUCCUGACCACCGCCGUGAGCACCUCCAUCCGGCGCUUCUACCGCCUCGCCUCCUCGCCCCUCCUGCCGCCGCCCGCCCCCCGCCGCCUCCCGGGGCCACUCCUCUCCGCACGCUUCUGCUCCGCCGCCGCCGCCGCCACCGCCACGUCAGCCGCCCCCGCACCGGUGGACGCCUCGUUCUCUGCCGCCGCCGCCGCCGCCACCGCCACGUCAGCCGCCCCCGCACCGGUGGACGCCUCGUUCUCUGCCGCCGCCGCCGCGCCCGUGGAUGCCGCCCGCUCCGCCGUCGCCGCCGUCUCCGCGGGCCACCCGUGGCCGGAGUGGGCCGACUUCCUCGAGAAGCUGCGGGCCAAGGGGUACUUCGUGCGGCCCCCUCUCGCCUCCGGCGCCCCCGUGGGCGAAGAGGUGGCGGCGGACGCCGUGGCAAAGGCAGACUACCCCUUCAGGGACCAGAACCGGGUGAAGAACGCGUGCCUCAAGUUCGCGCGCGAGCGCUUCGACCUUCUCAGUUCUCUUGCCAAGAAAGAUAUUCAAGCUAUUGUCGAAUGUGGUUGUCCUGAUAUCUUCCGAAAGGCUGUCAGUUCUGCAAAAAGGCUGAGAGAAUUUGUGCAGGUUGAUGAAGGAGAUGCAUGCAGUGUUUGCAAAUUACGUGGAUCUUGUGACAAGGCUUAUGUCAUUCCAAAGGCUGAGGAAGCAGCUCGUACUGUUGAUGUUGUGCGCAUAUUGCUAACUUAUGCAAUAGAUCCAGCCAACCUAUCUGGAGAAAAUUCUGUUGGUGGGGGUGUGCAAGAAUCUGCAAGGAAACUUCUCUCAGAUCUGACUAUGCUUUGCGACACAACAAUUGAUCCAUCUCUUCCCAAACCUGAAGUUCAUACUUAUAGCAAACAGGAUUCAUCAACCAAACCUGACAAGGGCAAACAAUCGUCUAGGGUAUCAACUGGAAAGGGUAGAGACACAGCUGUGACUGAAAUGAAGAAGGGUGACUGGCUUUGCCCGAACUGCAACUUCUUAAAUUUUGCUCGGAAUCGGCAGUGUCUCGAAUGCAAAGUAGAUGGACCGAAGAAAAUAGAAGCAGCCACCAGUGAAAUGAAAAUGGGAGACUGGAUCUGUCCAGGGUGUGCUUUUAUGAACUUCUCUCGCAAUAAGAUGUGUUUUAAAUGUGAAGGACAACGGCCAAAGAGACAGCUCAACCCUGGAGAGUGGGAAUGCCCCUCAUGUGAUUUUGUGAACUUCCGUCGAAACCAGGAGUGCAAAAAGUGCAGCCAUGACCGCCCUGAAGACGAUACCCAGGAUAACAAGCUUGGAUACGACGUGUGGAGGAACAGCAAGGGAGCUAACAAGGAUAGAAGCUUUGACUCUGUUCAUCAGGGAGAUGACGACGGUGAUGAAGAGGGGUUGCCAUACAAGGGGGAGGAGCGCGGGCAUGUAGCGAGCAGAAGGGCGUCACCAGCCCGGAGGGAGUUCGCGGGCAAGAGUAGGAACCAUGGCGGCGAAGACAAUGCCUUGCCAUAUGAGGGGGGAGACAUGCGUGUCUCGAGCAGAAGGGCUUCACCAGCCCGGAAGGGAUACACCAAGAACGAUGACGAUGAUGAGGAUGUCAAAUUCGACGUUGCCCCAUAUGAUGGGGCGCGUGAGCAUGGAUCGAGCAGAAGGGCGGCGCCAGGCCGGAGGGGGUUCGCCAAGGACGAAGGGGCGCGCAAGCAUGUGGUAAGCAGAAGGGCAACCCCACCCCAGAGGAGAUUCACUGCUGCUAGAGGAGAAUAGGCGGUAGUCAUAUACCAUUGAUGCAUUUUCUUGUACUAGCAGAUAUGAUACCGCAUUGCGCGUAUAUUUUAGCUGAGCACAAGUCACGAAAUAAUAGCGAUUUUGGCAAA